AUAGCAAGAAGGUUCACAAGCGGCGAUUUAAUAUACUUAAAAUGGGGUCCCAUUUUUCUGAUCGAAUGGUCAAUGACUGGAACACCUUCACCGAACAAUUGGUAUCAGCCACAUCAGUGAACAUUUUCAAGCAGAAGCUGGGCCUUCACUAGAAGGCAAUCUGUCAGAAUUAACACAGGUUCACUAACCUACUAUCCCUAUUACUGAAGACUGAAAACUGAAGGUUGUUGAAGACGAAGCGGUUCUGUUUAAAAUCUAGGUCGAAAUUGUAGUCCUCAUCGUCUAAUGCUCUGUCCUCAGAAUGGAGGAGGAAAACAAUGACCAGUCAUAUGAUUCAGAUGAGUCAGACGAUUACAAUUAUAUGGAGCCGGAAUAUGAUGUAGAGGGCGAAAGGUUUUGUUCCGACAGACUUCAUCCUGAAUCUUUUCUGUACAAAUCCUUUGAAAGGAAUGAGGUUGAAAUUUUCCUCAACAGCACAGUUGAUACUUUGUGUAACUUGAUCAAUGUACCACCAGCCAUAGCUCGUUUGUUGUUACAUAAUAAUAAAUGGGAUGUAGAGGCAAUCAAGAAAAGGUUUUUGACCAAUCCUUCGGCCACGUUAAUUAGUCACAAUAUACUCCCAGGUCUUAAUAUACAAUCCAGCUCCAGUGAUAGUCAAGCAGUAAUGGCCACUAUUCACGCAAUUCAAAAUUUUAAUGUUCAGACCGUCCCAUACAUAUUCCCUCCAAAAAUCACUCCAGAUUCCUGUUGUGAAGUAUGUUACACAGUCCCAUCAAAUAAGACGGACAGUCCAGUUAAUAUGUUCAAUGAAUCAGAUUUACAACAGCUUCAUAGUCCAACUUCUUCUAAACAAGGGAAUUCAAAAAAUUGUACUUCGUCUUUUCCCUCCGGCAUAACUCCUUUUUCCUCUCCUCCUUCUACUACUACUACCAAUAAUAAUAUUAAUAAUAAUAGUAACAACAAUACUAUCUACAACACUGUCUUAGAUGUUUGGUCAGACAACUCUCAUGAUAAAAAUUGUGACUUCCUGACCUGUAAUAAAAUGAAUGGUCUUUACGGUCUCUCUUGUGGACAUAGAUUUUGUCCAGAUUGCUGGCGUUCAUAUUUAACAAUUAAAAUAGAAGAAGGUUCUAGUAUUGAAAUCAAAUGUAUGUCGGUUGGAUGUAAUGUUUUAGUGAUAGAAGAUUUCCUUUUAACACUGUUGAAAAAUCCACCUGUAAAAGACAAAUAUUUGAAUCUGCUAUUUCAACGUAUGGUUGAGAGUCAUCCAUCAUUACGUUUUUGUGUCGGUCUGAGUUGUCCUGUUUUGAUUUGUGCGCUUGAAGAACCAAAGGCACGGCGCGUUCAGUGCGAGCGGUGCCAUGCAGAGUUCUGUUUUAUGUGCUCGGAAGCAUAUCAUGCUCCAACUAGUUGUGCGACUUUAAAGCAUUGGCUUGUUAAGUGUCGAGAUGAUUCAGGAACAGCAAAUUACAUGACAGCUCAUACCAAAGAUUGUCCAUCAUGUCAUGUGUGUAUCGAGAAAAAUGAAGGUUGCAAUCAUAUGAAAUGCUCAAUUUGUCACUACGAAUUCUGCUGGGUGUGUUUAGGGGUUUGGAAAUCACACGAUGCAGAAUACUAUUUUUGCAGCAAAUAUCAAGAGAAUCCAGAUUCUGCAAAAGAAUCCGUACGAACACGUGCACGUGAAUCUCUGGAACGCUACAUGUUUUAUUAUGAACGAGUAAGUUUAUUUGUGCAUUUUUUUCCCAAAGAUUAGAUCUUUUAUGUUACCUUUUUAUGUGUACAUUUUAGAUGCACCAACUGUGUUAGUAUCUAAUCUUGUACAAUAUGUUUGUCCUUGUAAACAAAACUCUUUGAAAUAACACUAUCAACUCAAGUGUACUUAUUUCUUGAAUAUUUCUCAAUAUCUCUAUUUAUAUGUCCAUUAUACUUUUGUUGGCCCUGGAAUAUCUGACUCUAAUUGAAUUGUUUCUGAUUGCUAUCAAAAUAUACAUGUCGCCAAUCUUCGUAUAUAAUCAUCAACUUAAAUCGCGUUGGUGAAUGACGGGAUUAAUGGGAAAAUCAUGAACGUAGUCUACGAUUAGAACAUGAUCAACGAGCACGUAUUCAAACGCGUAUUAAUGAAAAAGUCCUGAAAAAAGAAGGUACAUGGAUUGACUGGCAAUAUUUGCUACUCGCUGCAGAUACGUUGAGAAACUGUCGAUAUACUUUAAAGUAUACUUAUCCUCAUGCAUUUUAUGGUGAAAAAUUGGAACGUAAAGAGUUAUUUGAAUAUCAGCAAGCUUUACUAGAAGCAGAAGUAGAAGAUUUAUCAUGGAAAAUAGAACAUGCUGAAAUAACAGAUCGAGCAGAUUUACAAAAUAAAAUGGAUAUUUGUGAAAAGCAUCGUUUAACUUUGUUACAAGAAUUUCUAACUAAUUAAAUUAUAUUCUCAUUUCUUUUUUUUUUUUCUAAUUCAGAAGAAUUAUUUAUUUAUUACCUUUAUGUUAGUGAUCUAUAAGAUUUCAUUUACCUUCAUCCCUUUUUUUUCUGUUACUUAUCUAUCUACCUACCUAGAUAAGACAAUGACACACACUUGCGGUGUUAACGAUAACAUAGCAUCUUUUUUUUGUUUAAAAUUUUAGUCUUAUCCUUUUAAUUACACACAGUCACUCUUCUGUUAAUGUUUCUAGUACAGUAUUCAUUAGUCUUCAUGAUAUUAUCCUUUCUCUACUUAUUUUCACUGUUGAGUGCAAAUAGACUCAUUAAAACACAUUAAAUCUUGGCUUCUGAUUUCAUAGCGUGUGCUAUUUGUCAAUUUUGCCUGUCUUUAUUUUUUAUUAUAAAUGUUUAUCUAUUCUUUACCAGUUUUACUAUCUGUGUGAUUUUAAUCAUUAACUUUGAUUAUUCCUCUAAGAUCUACUUAUUGUAAAUCUUUCUCUUUGAUAUUCGUUUAUCAUAUUCUUUCGUAUAAAUAUUUGGGUAAUCGUUAUAGUGUUUUUUUUCCUUGAAAUACCUCACCAUAUAUUUGUUUAAGGGAUAAAUUGUUUUAAUU